AUGCCCCAAGCUCAACAAUAUACUGUAUUAGCUGAUGAUGCAAGCAUUGAAAAGUCAGUAAUCGACGACAGACAAUACCGCUUCCUCAAGCUUAAGAACGACUUGCGAGUUUUGGUCAUAAGCGACCCUUAUGCUGAUAAAUCUGCUGCUUCAUUGGAUGUCAAUGUCGGGUCGUUUGCUGACAAGGCGUACGAUGUCCCCGGGUUGGCUCAUUUUUGUGAACACUUGUUAUUCAUGGGAACAUCCAAGUAUCCACUGGAAAAUGAGUACUCUGACUAUUUGGCCAAACACUCGGGUAAUUCCAAUGCAUACACCGCAGCAGAACACACAAACUAUUAUUUUCAAGUUGGGUCGAACCACUUGGAAGGUGCAUUGGAUAGGUUUGCCCAAUUUUUCAUCUCGCCGUUGUUUAGCAAGAGUUGCAAAGACCGUGAGAUAAAUGCUGUUGACUCUGAGAAUAAGAAAAAUUUGCAAAAUGACUUGUGGAGAUUGUAUCAAUUGGAUAAACUGAACAGUAAUCCUAGUCACCCCUACAAUGGCUUUUCAACGGGAAACUACGUGACAUUGCAUACUGAACCCGAACUGCAAGGUAUCAAUGUCCGCGAUGUUUUGAUGCAAUUUCACCGCGAUAGAUACUCUUCAAACUUGAUGAGCUUGGUUAUCUUGGGUAAGGAAAGUUUGGACGAGCUUACAUCCUGGGCUGUUGAGAAAUUUUCCACGGUGGCUGAUAAAGCCUUGUCUAGACCAAACUAUGGCGGCGAGUUGAUUUACAAGAGUGAACAGAUGCUCAAGCUAAUCAAAGCAAAGCCGGUAAAGGACUUGCAUCAGUUGGAGAUAUCGUUUAUGAUUCCAGAUGACUUGGAGGAUAAGUGGGAUUGUAAGCCACAAAGUUACUUUUCACACUUGUUGGGCCAUGAAAGUGAAGGCUCCAUAUUGUUCUAUCUCAAGUCGAAAGGGUGGGUUACUGAAUUGUCGUCCGGUAAUAUGAAGGUGUGCCAGGGCAGUUCUUCCUAUGUCGUUGAAUUUCAAUUGACGCCUGAAGGAUUGACGCACUGGCAAGACAUUGUUGAGACAACAUUUGAUUAUUUAGAUUUCGUCAGUAAGAAGGGCCCGCAGAAAUGGAUUUGGGAGGAAAUCAAAAAUAUUUCCGAAGUGAAUUUCAAAUUCAAACAGAAAACUGAUGCUGCCAACACAGCUUCCAAGUUAAGCAGUGUUUUAUAUAAAUUUGAUGAAUUUAUUCCUGCUGAAAAUAUAUUGAGCUCUUCAGUGGUUCGCAAAUAUGACCCUGAAGCUAUAAAGAAGUUUGGAUCGUACUUGAAUCCUGGAAAUUUUCGAGUCACUUUGGUCUCCCCUGAAUUUGAGGGCCUCUCUCAAAAGGAAAAAUGGUAUGGCACUGAAUAUCAAGUACAAGACAUUCCUCAAGCGUUAAUUGCUCUGAUCAACAAACCAACCUCCAAUAAUCUGCACUUGCAUUUCCCGUCACCAAACCCUUUUAUACCAACGAAUUUCGACAUAUUGACAAAGAAGCUGGUGGAGCAUCCACAAAUUGCGCCGUACUUGGUCAAUCAUGACAACAAGAUGAAUCUUUGGUAUAAACAAGACGACCAAUUUGAAGUGCCCAAGGGAACAAUAGAAAUUGUGUUUCAUUUGCCUGGAUCCAAUGUAGAUGUUGCAUCGGCUACCAAGUCUGUCAUGUUUGCUGAAAUGUUGGACGACCACUUGAACCAAGUUACCUAUUUUGCCUCUUUGGUUGGUUUGAGAGUGGGCAUCAAUUGUUGGCGUGAUGGGUUUGCCAUAGUCGUUACGGGAUACAACCACAAGCUCCCUAUCCUUUUGAACAAAGUGUUGGAUGAGUUUUUCAACUUCCAUCCUAGUGUUGACAGAUUUGGGCCAUUAAAAUUCAAAUUGUUGAAAGAAUUCAAGAAUAUUGGCUAUCAAGUUCCAUAUAAUCAAAUAGGAUCGUACCACUUGCAAGUCGUCAAUGAAAAGGUAUAUGAUUAUGAUGACAAAAUUAAGGUUCUAGAGGGGUUGCAAUUCUCUGAAGUGGAGCAUUUUAUCAAGAAUUCAAUCACUUCGGCUGGCGUGUUUGCUGAAAUUUUGGUUCAUGGUAAUUUUGAUAUCAAUAAUGCCACCGAAAUCAAGAUGAGUAUAUCGAAGCAUUUAGAUCUGAUUAAGCCAAUCAUGGAAGAAUACGAAGAGUAUAAAUUCCACUUGCGAAACUACGUUUUGCAACCCGGUGAAGUAACCCGUUUUGAGGUGAACCUCAAGGAUAAAAAUAACAUCAAUUCAUGUAUUGAGUAUUACCUACAAAUCAGUCCAACAAACGAUGAUAUAAAGUUGAGAGUUCUCACUGACUUGUUGGCAACUAUUAUUCGUGAACCGUGCUUUAACCAAUUACGGACAAAGGAGCAGUUGGGAUAUGUCGUGUUUUCAGGUUUGAAAAAGGGUAGAACGUCGUUAGGGUUUAGAAUCUUGGUGCAAUCCGAGAGGCCAAGCGAAUACUUGGAGUACAGGAUUGAUGAGUUUUUGAGCAAGUUUGGCAAGUAUGUCAAUAAUGAGUUGAGUGCUGAGAACUUUCAAAAGUUCAAACAAGCUUUAAUUGAUGCCAAGUUGCAAAAAAUAAAACACUUGAGUGAAGAGACCAAUCGCUUGUGGAAUGCAAUCACGGAUGGAUAUUACGAUUUUGACGCAAGGCAGAAACAUGCUGCUUUGUUGGAGGGUAUUUCAAAAGAGGAAUUUAUAAAUUUUUUCAACGAGUAUGUCACCGGAGCUGAAACCAACAAAAAUGAAAAGAUUGGGAAAUUUGUCCUCCAUUUGAAAUCUCAAGUCAACAACAACGUACCUGAAUCGAAACUAGUUCAAGCUGCGUUGAAUAAUUUUGGAUACCGCCACGGGUAUGACCUCAGCCAUGACUUUGUUGAUGGUUUGGUCAAGCAAGUGGAUCUGGUGGCUAUUGAUUCCAUUAUUGCAGAAUACAUUCAAGAGGUUGAACGUGAGUCGAAAACCAGCUUGAAUCAAGAGCAAGUGACUGAAGAAAUCAAGUCGGCUAUAAGGAACCCGGUCCCUGAUCGAUACCCUAGUGGCACCUUGGUUAAUUCAGUUGACGAAUUCAGAAAAAGUCAUGACAUAGGCGGAUAUCCUCAUCCUGUUUCACCAUUGACAAAGUUUUAUUAUGACCAGUCGCAUUUGUAA